ACAUUCGGGUCCAUAGUUAACAAAAGCAAUUGGUCGUUUACACACAUACGGUUUAGUUUCGGUUCGGUCACGUUUUAGGCAAGGGAAAAUAUUAUUUUAUUUUCAUUUCCUCAUUUUAAAUUUUUUAAUUACAUUUGGUAAUGUCUGAUUCACUUGACAUUGAUAUUGAGCGGCUGAUUUCAUCAGUGCAAUCACGUGUAGUGCUGUGGGACAAAACAAGUGAAAAGUAUAAAGAUAAAUUUAAGACGCUGGAAGCAUGGAAAGCUGUUUGUACGGAAAUCAUUGACGGCUACGAACAUUUUAAUGACUCUAAAAAAAAUGAUAUCGGUAAGCAUGUUCUAAAAAAGUGGACGCAAGUGAGAGACUCGUACCGAAAAUCAUUAGGAAAAACUAAGGCUGCUAAGAAAUCGGGAUCUGGGGUGGUAAAAGUAAAAGCCUACGUUCAUUCAUCUCACUUGCAAUUCCUCGACAAAAUAUUCCAAGAAAGUAAUACAGAAGACACUUUGUCACAAAAUAUUGACGAUUGUGGUGAUGAGGAUUCCAUGGUUGAAACAGGAGAGGACCCUGUGGAACAAGUUCCAAGUACAUCGAGCGAUGGAGCGGCUGAAAAACCUGAAUCAUCUUUCAAAAAACCUGUUACCAAGAAACGAAAAAUGGAUCCUGUUGAAUUAGAAAUGAUUUCAGCCUUAAGAGAACCAGUAAAUCGCCACCUCUUAUUUUUCAAAGGAUUACUCCCUUCUCUUGAAGAUUUUAAUGAAUUUGACACAAUUGAUUUUCAAAUGGAGGUAUUGAAAAUCGUUAGGAACAUCAGGGAGCGGAAGUGUCAGCAGCAGACACAACUGGUCCACAACCGACAUCCACCUUUGUGUAGUGGUUCAGUUUACCAGCUACAAACUGAACCGCAAAUAUCCGCUGGACAAUACCAUGAGAAAACUGCCCACUAUCUUUCAAGCCCAAACCCUAGCUGCAGCUCCUAUUCGGGUUCCGAUGAUAGUUCAGAUUUUUUUUAAAUUUAAAUUGAAAUAUGUAACCAAAUAUAUUAUGUAUAUUUAAAAUAUUUAAUUUCGUUAUUUAUUUAUUUGUCAUUUCAAAAUAUUAUUUUAUUUCAAAAUAAAUGUAUUUCUGUUUAAUUG